CGUUAAAGGCUUAUGGCCCAUUAAAAGAUUACCGUACCCCAUAUGUUGGCCCUUAAAAUGCUUUCGUAAGGCCGGAAUCUUGAUCACGUGAGGUCCGUUUCAUUGGUCAUCAUCGCUGACAGCUACCUCUAACCAACAAACAACGAUGAGCACACCAAGAUUUGCACUUUCGGUGCUCGCUAGGGCGUCGACAUGUAUGCGACAUGCCGCAGACAAUUAUAUGCGCUCUGGGAUAGUCUCAACGCCGAUAGCAAGUUUGAAGACCGGCUCCGCCCUGCAUAAGACGCGGUCAUUCGCAUCCUCCUCAAUCGCGCGUGCAGCCCCCCCGGCACCCGCUCAUGUUCCAAAGUCCACCGCAUCUAUAUUUUUUGCUCCAACUCCAGAUGAACUAAAAGCACAGGAGCUUGACUUAGAUAUAAUACCCGAAGAGGAUAUCAAGCUAGAACUUACAAACCGAGCUGCGGAGGUGUGUUAUGUGCUUCUAAUCAACUCUUAAUGUCUUCUGAACUGCAAUGGAACCGAAGCAACUGAAAUCUAUAGCUACCCGAGAGCACCGCCCCAAUGCAGGUCUGCGCGUUGCAGUGGAGUCAGGAGGAUGUCACGGCUACCAGUAUACAAUGGAGCUUGCUUCUGAACGACAUGCAGAAGACUAGUGCGUUAACAACACAAUAGUUGCGUUA